AUGCCACCAACACUCAUCCCAGCAUCCCACACCAAAACAGCCCCCCCAGAAACCUUCCUCGCCCCCUCAAACAACAAUGUAUUCUGGCACACCCUGAUUUCAGCCCCCCAGACAAACACAACAGACCUCAGCGCCGGAAUCGCCUCCUGUCCCCCCAGAACAGGCCGUCUCUGUCCCCACCGCCACGAACAAGCAGAGAUCUACCACAUCCUCGAAGGCGCCGGCGACAUGACCGUCGACGGCGUUACCACCGCCGUGCAUGCCGGCUGCACGGUGUUCAUUCCGCGCAAUGCAGAGCACGGCAUUGUGAAUACCAGUGAUAAGCCCUUGAGGUGGUUUUAUGUGUUCGCCGUCGGUUCUUUCGGGGAUAUUGUUUAUCGCUUUUCUGGGGAUAGGGCCAAGCUGUGA